CUGAGUGACAGGAUCUUCUGUCGACUGACAAUUUGACGGACACAUUACGUCGAGGGAUUCAUUACAAAUCUGCAGCUAUGGGACAUUUGUAGCUAUGUUAGAUAACAUAUCAUCCAGGCAUUUGUUUUCAGUUUUUACUAAUAAGUUUCUGAGUCUUGCGCGAUGGAGCCUGGAGCGGGACGAGACGACGGUGCGCUUUGGAGACCAAGGAUGUGCAUGUGAAAGUGGACAGACCGGGGUCAGUCAUGGAGCCUGAGCUGAACUGCAGCUCCCAGUGUGAUUCCCCGCUCUGCUUCAUCCACGCAGGAGUCAACAGGCAGGAGGGCCUCGACAUUCUGCAGAGAUUAUGCAGUCUCAGCACGGUGGCAGUGGAGCUCCCGAGGCGUUCUCUUUCUCCAGUGUUAAGUGCUGUGGUGUGGACGCUGCUCUCCUGUGGCAUCCUGCUGGCUCUCUGCUUCCUCCUCUUCACCCUGCGCUUCAAAAACAACAGGAUCGUGAAGAUGUCCAGUCCCAACCUGAACGUCCUGACUCUCUUUGGAAGCGUCCUCACCUACAGCAGCGGCUUCCUGUUUGCCGUUGAUGAACGAUCGCACUCACAAGGUGGAGCAUCCACAGCUGUGCUACAAGCUCGGAUGUGGACUCUGUGUGUCGGCAGUACCCUGGUGUUUGGCCCAAUUUUGGGGAAGACGUGGAGACUGUACAGAGUGUUCACGCAGCGGGUGCCUGACAAGAGAGUGAUCAUCCGAGACAUCCAGCUGAUGGGCAUGGUGGCUCUGCUGAUCAUGGUGGACAUGCUUGUUCUCACCGCCUGGAACCUCACAGACCCCAUGAGGUGUUCACGAUCUGUCGGAGCUGUUGUCAAGGUGGUGGAGAAAGACAUCUCCUACUCUUUGUCUCAGCUGGACACCUGCUCCUCUGCAUACUCUGAUCUGUGGGUUAUCAUUAUAGCUGUUCAGAAGGGUUGUCUCCUCCUUUAUGGGACUUACCUAGCUGGACUGACCAGCAAUGUCAGCCACCCUCCAGUCAACCAGUCUCCCACCAUCAUAACAGCCGUCACCUUGGUCACCCUCUCUUCGGCUGUCGCCAUCCCUGUGUCCAUCUUCCUGCAGGCCUGGCCCAACCUGGUCUACAGCACUGUGGCUGGAGCCAUUUUCAUCUGCACGCUGGCUACCAACUGCAUGUUGUUUGUGCCUCAGUUGACCCAGUGGCGGCAGUUUGAGGAGGACCAGAACAACCCAAGUCAGAUGGCCAAGUAUUUCAGCAGCCCCAGUAAGAGCCAGCCCUCGGUGUACAGCCAGGAUGAGAUGUACUACCUGCUGGGGGAGAACAGCUCCAUGAAAAAACUUAUUAAUGAGAAGAACGCUGUGAUUGACAGUCUGCAGGAGCAGGUGAACAACGCAAAGGAUAAACUCCUGCGACUCAUGUCAGCCAGUCAGCCUCCCGAGGACCGAGACAUGGACUCUUCUAACACCAACCUCAACUCAUCCUCCACCCAGACCACGGAGCUCCAGUCUGACGGCCCCUCCUCUUCUUCUUCUCUACCUCAGAGAGACACCAACUCCCAUCUCUCAUCCCCACAUCUCACCUCUCACCUCACUGCUGCUGCUGCUUUAAUGCCGCCCUCUGAGAAUCCCUCUGCUCCAAGCUCCUCAGCCCCCAUCGCUGCUUCCUCUCCUCUCUUCGAUGAUAUUUAUAAUAGUGAAAACCAGAGAGGUGUCUCCACCGCUGGCCCCUCAGGCAGAGACCCAGCCGAGAAAGGAGCAGGGGAGGAUCUCAAACAGCCCACGUCCCUCCAGUCCCCUGGCUUACUCAGGACAGCAGAGGAGACAGUACACUUUGUGACUUCCCUACAGUCACCUAGAGGGUUGAACCCCUCUCAGGUUGAAACUUUCAACAAUCAGAGUGGCCUCGCAGCCCAGCUGGGACCAAAUGCCAGACCGACUGGUUUUGUUAGCAGUGAACAAUUGCAAGAAAUCCUCCAGGAGCUGAGUGUGGAUGCAGUCAUGGAAAGUGUGCUGCGAUCACCCGGUCAGAUAUCCAGAAGGCCCUCUCAGAUCAAAUUUACUGAAGCUUCUGUACUUUCCCCUCUUUCCCUGCGGACACCACGCUCCCCCAAUCCACCUGUUCUCUUCCGCUACCCCAGCAUCUCCCCGUACACCAUGAGGAAACGUCGGCCACCCUUCCACCCCUCCAGAAGAGGUCCAUGCUUCUACGCAGGGUCAGAGGCUGCUGGUUGUGGGAAGAUAAAGGAAAACUGUGAACGCCAAAAUCCACGUAAGCCCCCUGAUGGGAUCACCGUGGAUGGCACCCAUCUCCAGGCUCUCAACACUGAACUUGAGAUUGAGGAGGAGGAUGAGGAGGAGGAUGGGGCAGGGAAUGAAGUGAUAAGAAAACAUCGCAGGCGUAUUUCAAAGUCCAACAGAUUUUCAGCCCUGCCCUGCGCAGAUCACACAGCUCCACCUGACGUGGAAGCGGGUGGUGAUAAUGAGCCGCACCACAGACACAUUAGAGACUCCUGUGGGUACUGGGACUCCGACUCCAGCAGCUCGACAGACUACUGUUACUACCACCGCCCCUACUGCGACUCGUGCCUGCAGCGAGGCUCCCUCCUGUCCUCGGACACCUCCUCGGACUCUGACAGCGAGUACGAAGCCUUCACCAGCUUGUACCGCUCCCCACACCCUGUGGUGUUCAAAGAAGACCUCAAACCCACCUUUGUGUGAGCACGGGUUUACUGCACUUUAUACGUUCAACCAUUUCCACCACUUGAAUUCACAUACUAAGAAACAUCAUGAUUUCACUGUAGCUUUCAGCAGGAAUGUGUCCCGCUGUCUUUAUGAAAACAACGUUGGUAUUCUUGAAUCUUGCGUCGUGGGACAGAGCACUUCUUUUAUUAGAUUUAUGAAAACCUUUGCAGCUCACAAGCACACAAUGUUGUUUACUUUUUAAUAUUACUUAUGGCAUUAUUUGUAUAUUUCUGCUGUCAGAUGAAAAACACCCCUUACAUUCCAAUAACGUCUACGUCUGACAUUUAGAGUAACAAAUAAAAAAACCCAGAAAGCAAAAAUUAAAGGUCUUCACAGAACAGUUGAGAUGUACACUGCAUUAGCUAUUGUGCAAAUAUUUAUUUUAAUAUUUAUUAGUAGAUGUUUCUGUUCCCUUUUUGCUGUUUUACAUUGUCAUAUUCAUUUCUUAAAGUAUGCCAUUUUAUUUUAUGGUCUGCAUAUUGUUGUUUUUGUGUCUAAAUUGUUGUCAGGUGCUUUCUAUGCUUUGUGAAACAUGUCGCCCACACUGUCAAAACAACUGGAGAAAACAGGCCACUUCUAUUGCUUUUACGCUCUUAAUUAUUUUCUCAGUAUCAUUGCCCAGACUCUGGAGGUGUAUUUAAUGUGCAAAUGUCACAGUUAUCUUGAGUGUCUCAUGUGUGUGUGUGUUGGAAAAAGAGUGCCCUGCUGCCCUUUGAUUUUCAAGCCCUCGCCUUUUCUGGUGUUGUUUGGUAAGCACCACUUACUGUUCAUUCUGCAGCAUCUCCUGUUUUAUACACCGGAUAACAAGGAGCCACCACAGCAUGAACAGCCACACAGAGAGUGUGCAAACCAGUGGCGUAAUGUAGGCCCAGAUUAACCUGCUAACCUGCAGCAGGGCAAAGAAUGAACUCAUAUUCCCCCUAACUAUUUCGCCCAGAGUCCCACAAACCAGCCUGUGUAUCUAUGCUGUAACACUAUCUUGCCCUGUGUGUCAGUUAGUUUGGGAGUUUUCAUUUUAUUCUUGCAACACAGACAAAAACAGUAUAACUCCCCCUC